UUCUGAUAAUAAUUGAUAUAGCACUUGAAAUGGUCAAUUUCGUUAAUGUAUAUUACUACAAUUAUUUUAUAACAAUUGUAUUAUUAUUAAUUUAGUUGCUGGAUAAACAUUUAAAUAUAAUCCUUAUAAUGGAACCAAAAUCAGAUCAAGCUGUUGAGUUAGAAAGUGAAGUUAUAUUGAGAGUUCCUGUGGAAGCUGCAACAACUUUAAAAGAAUUAAUUAAAAAAGAUGCAAAAGAGCAAAUAAGUAUUAAAUUAGAAAACGAUAUAAGAAAAGGUGAAGUUAUUAUUGGUAAUCACCAUUUAUUUGCUAAGGUUGUAGAUUUACCUACUAUUAUUGAAGGGCAAAAAACAAUUGAUAAUAAGACUGUUUAUAAAACUGCUGAUAUAUGUCAAAUGAUUAUUUGUAAAGAUAAUGAAGAUUUUUUACUAUCUGAUGAAGAUGAUAAAACAAAAAUCUUUAAAAAAAAAGAGCCCAACAAAGUAGAUAAAAAAUAUUUAUGGCCACAUGGUAUAACACCUCCAUUAAAAAAUGUAAGAAAGCGUAGAUUUCGUAAAACUCUUAGGAAGAAAUAUGUAGAAGCACCAGAAAUUGAAAAAGAGGUUAAAUAUUUGUUAAAAAGUGACAGUGAAGCUCUUAGUGUGAAAUGGGAAGUAGUUAAUGAAAUAGAAGUACAGAAUAACAAAAAAGUUAAAGAAGAACCAUACAUACAUGGAGAAAUGCGUAAUGAUAUCAAACAAGAUAUUGCUGAAAGAGACAUUUUUGGAGAAGCUCUUAGCGAUUCUGACGAAGAAGCUGGUAAUAUUAAUAUAAUGGAUAUGGAUGAAGAUAUGAGCAGAUUAACAGCUGAUGAUAGCCGUUUGUCUGAUACAAAUUCUUUAAUGGAAGAGAAACCUUCUGUUUCUAGUACUCAAAAGCUUGUUACUGAAUUUUCUAAAGAAAUGUUCAUUUCUAAUGAUAGCUCUCAAAAUGAAAUAAAAAAAGAACUUCCUUUAGAUACUAAUAUUGAAAUAUUAGAUGAAAGUUUAGGUUAUAGUAGAGAUGAGAUUGGAGAUGAUCUUAAGUCUGAAUUAGAACUUAGUGAUGAUAGUAAGCUUGGAGAUACACCAGUACUAUCUACAUUAGUUCCAUUAGAAGCUGGAAAUGUUUCCUCUGAUGAUAUAAAACAUAAAAUUGAUCAAUUACAACUAGAAAUUGAAGAACUGAAAGAACGGAAAAAACAACAAGAUAUGGAAAUUGCUAAUAUAGAAAAUAUAAAUUUAAGAGAAAGAUUUAUAAAUAUUUCAAAUAAUCUUUUUGCAGAACAAUUAGAUAAAGAACAACAGAUUCAAGAACUCCGAUCAAUUUUAUUAUAGAAGAACUAUGAAUAAGCAAAAGACAUAAUAAUAAUAUAUAAUAUAUACAUAUUAUGUAUAUGUCAUAUAAUAUAAUAAAAUGUAUUAUAUUCAAAAAAACUUCUUCUAUUUCACAUAAUUCUAAAUAAAUAAAUAUUACAGAUAGAUAUUUUUAAACAGUUAAUGUUAAUGUUUAAGAUAACAUCCAAGUAAUGGUUGUUUUAAUCAAUUUAUAAUAUAUAUUAUAUCAUGAACACUACAAAAUUAAUAUUUUAGUCCUCUUUUUGAUUUUCUGGGGGUGAAUUAUUUUCAGGAAUUGGAACAUCUUGGAUAUUAUUGUUUUCUUGUUCAAUUAAAUUUUGUUUAUUAGCCUCUUCAGCAAGUUUUUGCAUAGAUUUUUGUUGGUGCUCAAUAAAUCCUUGCAUACAUUUUUGACCUACUGAAUUGGCCUUUUGGACACAGUUAUU